UAGGAUAUAAAGUUAAAAAUUAGAUUUAAGUAAAAUCUUCUGAAUUAGAAAAGGCUGAAGAGGUGAUUUAGACUGCUAUUGAAAAUGGAUUUAAUACUGUUGAUUUUGUUAAAUACUUUCCUGAUGAUGAAUCAAUAUAAAAAGCUAAAAAUGAUCUCAUAGGUGAAGCAGUUAAAAAUGCUUAAAAAAAGGCAGAAAUAAUUUUAAAAGAUCUCUAAUAUAGCGUUGACGGUUUAAAAACUUCUUCUAUUAAUUAUCAAUAAACAAAAGGAUAGAAAAUGACUAUGCAUGUUACAGUAGAAUUUAAUAUUAAAUAAAAUAUUGCUGAAGAUAAAUGAAAAAAAUUAAAUAUUUUUUUUAAAUGAAAAAAUUCUUAGUUUAUUUUAUAAUAAAAUAUAUUUUUUUUAUUAAAUUUGUGAUUUUUUUAAAUUUUCUAUUUAAAUUUAUUAAUAUAUUAU